CAUCACCGUCCAUUGCAAGACACAAUUCCCAAUAAACAUCCUCUACGUGGCGCGCCAGCAUCGUCGUCCGUACCGCACCUGAAACGAAGAAGCCGAACCAAAAGAAACCAUAUUUUCCCUUCGUUUUUUCAGCAAAAUUCAGACGAAGAAUAUACAGAAGCUGACGCUCCAUCCAAAACUCGUCGCUGCAUCACUAUGUUUGCCAAGCUCUUCAACAAAUCUUCACAGCAACCACCAAAUUCGCAGGCAAGGGUUACACAAGCGGAUUUGGAUCCUCGUGUCGUUGUUCACUAUGGGAUCCCAUCUACUUCGUCCAUUCUCGCAGUUGAUCGCACACAAAGCCUGUUGGCAAUCGGAACACUGGAUGGUAGGAUAAAAGUGAUCGGUGGUGAUAAUAUCGAAGGGCUUCUUACAUCUCCAAAGCCGCUGCCCUUUAAAAACUUAGAGUUCCUGCAAAAUCAGGGUUUUCUAGCCAGUGUCUCAAGUGAAAAUGAAAUUCAGGUUUGGGAUUUGGAACAGAGGCGAAUGGCUUCUUCUUUACAGUGGGAAUGCAAUAUAACUUCGUUCUCUGUUAUAUAUGGCACUAAUUACAUGUAUAUUGGAAGCGAAUAUGCAAUGGUCUCUGUGUUGAAGUAUGAUGUUGAAGAUGGAAAAAUAAAAUUACUGCCGUACUAUAUUACUGCAAAUUUCAUAGCCGAAGCAGCUGGAAUGUCAGUGCCUGAUCAUCUUUCUGUUGUCGGAGUUCUCCACCAACCUGGUUCUCUGGGAAACAGAUUGGUAAUGGCAUAUGAGAAUGGGCUCAUCAUUAUUUGGGAUGCUUCCGAGGACCGAGUUGUUCUUGUUAGAGGUUCCAAGGACCUGAAAGUGAAGGAAAAGGCAGUUACUAAUUCUCCAGAUGACACAACAAAGGAGCUUUCUGAUGCUACAGAAGAAAGCAAGCAGGUGGAGAAAGAAAUAAGCUCUCUUUGUUGGGUAUCUGACAAUGGGUCGAUUCUUGCCGUUGGCUAUGUAGAUGGUGAUAUAAUGCUUUGGGACUUAUCAACUGCUGCCUCUACCAAGGAUCAGAAAUCCGAAAAAUUAGAUAAUAAUGUUGCAAAGCUACAGUUAUCAUCCGGUGAUAGAAGACUCCCUGUCAUUGUUUUACACUGGUCUGCAAAUAGGUUAGAUAAUCAUCAUAGGGGCCAACUCUUUGUCUAUGGUGGUGAUGACAUUGGAUCUCAAGAAGUUCUGACGGUUCUGAGCCUUGAUUGGUCUUCAGGAAUAGAAAGCCUGAAAUGCGUUGGCCGUACAGACCUUAAACUUAAUGGUUCAUUUGCGGAUAUAGUUUUGUUACCGACUGCUGGUGCAACGGAGAAUAGUGGCACAUUGCUAUUUGUUUUGACAAAUCAGGGACAACUGCAUGUCUAUGACAAGGCUUGCUUGUUGGCCUUAAUGUCUCAGCAAAAGGAGAAGACUGCUGUUCCAGCAGUGCAGUAUCCUGUGUUCUUACCCACUAUUGAACCAUAUAUGACAGUUGCAAAGCUUUCUCUGGUGCAUAGAGAUGAGGAAUACUCCUCAGUUUUUUCUAAGAAAGUCUUAGUUGGAAAGAUUAACGUGGAAUACGCUUCAACAACCGGUGGUAAAAAGUGGCCUUUGACCGGUGGUAUUCCCAGCCAGCUUUGUACUGCUGAAGAUUAUCACGUCGAGAGAUUGUAUAUAGCAGGAUACCAAGAUGGAUCAGUUCGGAUAUGGGAUGCCACAUAUCCAGCUCUGUCACUUAACUGUGAUUUAGGACCUGAGGUAAAAGGAAUCAGAUCUACGGGCGCAAGUGCAAAGGUAUCAGCAUUGGAUUUCUGUUCUGUUACUAUAGGGCUAGCUGUUGGUGACGAUAGCGGUCUGGUUCGUCUUUAUAACCUAAUAGGUGGUUCAGAAGAGACCAGAGUGCACUUUGUGACAAAAACUGAUAAGGAAGUUAAAAAUUUACAACAAGGAAAGGGGCUUCAGUGCACGGCCAUGUUUUCUAUUCUUGAUUCACCUAUAUGCAUCCUACAAUAUGCAAACUUUGGAGGCCGACUUGCUGUGGGUUUUGAAUGUGGCCGGGUUGCGAUGCUUGAUAUUAGUACAAUGUCAGUUUUGUUUCUUACAGACAGUGUAUCCAACUCAAGUUCCCCAGUCACCUGUCUGGCUGUAAAAUCAUUUUCAGAUACCAGUAACACAUCACAUUGUCCAGAGGACUCUGCGUCCAAGAGUUUGGAUGAUCCUGGAAAUGGGUUGAUAAUCGUUAUGACUAGAAAUGCGCAUAUUGUUGUUAUAGACGGUGCCUCUGGCAAUAUGGUUAGCUCUUGGACUAUGAAUUUAAAAAAGGAGCUCACUGCGGUUUCAAUGUACAUUUUUGAGGAUGGCGAUUUUUUAUGUGAUGUUCCAAGUGCAAAGCAAUCGUUGGACGUUUCUCAGAUAACUGAAGCUAAAAAGGAUCAUGCACAAAAUGAUGCCGACCCUGCAAGCACGCAGCCGGAAGUUGAGCAGGACACCACUAGCAAAACUGCAUAUUUUGUGCAGAGAUCAACGAACACAACUGUUUUACUUUGUUGUGAUAAUGCAUUACAGAUGUGCUCAUUGAAGUCUGUGAUUGAGGGUGACAGUAACUCCACUCAGAAGGUGGACCUUGCAAAACCAUGUUGCUGGACUACAGCCUUCAAGAAAGACGGGAAAGAUGGUGGACUGGUUGUAUUCUAUCAGACAGGAGUUUUUGAAAUAAGGUCUUUUCCAAAUCUUGAAGUGGUGGGAGGAUUUUCAUUAAUGUCGAUUCUGAGAUGGAACUUCAAGACCAACAUGGACAAGACAAUCUGCUCCUCUGAUCAUGGGCAAAUUAUUCUGGUAAAUGGGUGUGAAUUAGCUUGUGUAUCUCUUUUGUCCCAUGAAAAUGACUUCAGGAUUCCUGAAUCGUUGCCUUGUCUUCACGAUAAAGUGAUUGCAGCUGCUACGGAUGUCAUUGCUAGUUUAUCUGUUAGCCAGAAACAGCAACAGAUUGGUGUCCCUGGUAUUUUAGGCGGUAUCAUCAAGGGCUUAAAAGCGGGUAAAGCGGAGCAAGACAUGCACCCAGCAAAUCAUGAGAAGUAUUGUGAGAAUUUAGAGAGCUUAUUUUCAAGUCCGCCGUUUUUAAAACCUUCCCAAGAUGGGAAGGAUGAUCAAGAAAUUCUGGAGCUUCAUAUAGACGAUCUUGUAAUUGACGGACCUCUCAUAAUUGAUGGACCUGCUCCCCCUUCUUCAAUUGAGAAGAACAAGAAUGAAAAUAAAGACAAGGGAACAGAGAAGGAAAGAUUAUUUGAAGGUGCGACAAGUGAUACAAAACCAAAAAUGAGGACAGCUGAAGAAAUCAAGGCUAAAUAUAGAGACAUUGGGGAUGUGUCUGCAGGUGCAGCAGCUGCACUUGCGAGAGAUAAGCUUGCAGAACGCCAGGAAAAACUUGAGAAACUCAGCCAAAACUCAGAAGAACUGCGAAGCGGAGCUGAGGACUUCGCGUCAAUGGCAAGGGAGCUCGCCAAGAGAAUGGAAAAUCGAAAAUGGUGGCAAAUAUGACGAGCUGACAUCAAUCGGUUACCAGUGCUUAUACGUAUUCAUCAAGAUUUAUCUGAAUCUUGCUCUUCCGGUUCAAGAAAGGUACCCCGAUUGAGCGUUCUACUAUGCACAUUCUAAUUUUUUAUUUUCUCACGUUCUACUGAUGCAUUUGAUCCAGCAUUGCCACAAUCUGUAUUUUUUGUACAUAAAUUGCUAGUACUUUUCUUAUAUUGUGUCUAUCCCUGUAAAUCAUUGCUAUCUUUUCUUCGGGGUUCUGGAAUUUGUAUAAAAUUAACGUGCUAAAAUGUUCGGGUUCAGUUUGGUUUUGUGGUCUUGAACAAGUCGAAUCAGGAUCAACUAGGAUAGAAAUAAAGGAUUGAGUCAAACUCUUCUUUGGUGUCAAGGUGAUAGCUAUGAUUAGUCAUUGACUCCCGGAAAGGGGUAUAAGAAUGUGAACUAUUAUGGAA